AUGACUUCCCCACCUGCAAGCCAGCAGUCUCUCCAGGAUGAAAUAGCUGACCUCGAGGGGCGUCUUCGUGAUGCCAAGGCGCAAUUGAACCAACAGCAGGCCGUGUCGACACCGUCUACGACUGACAAGGACGCAGUGGCCUUGCAUGCUCUGCUUCUGCUGUCCGACUCAGCACUACCACUGGGCUCUUUCGCCUUCAGCAGCGGUCUCGAGUCGUACCUGGCCCACCACAAACUCUCCCCACCGUCCGCAUCCCAGCUGCCCCUCUUUAACGCCUUCCUCCGCCUCUCCCUCGCAACACUCACAAGCACCGCGCUCCCCUACGUCCUCGCUGGCUACCGCGACCCCUCAGACAUCGAGACCCUCGACAACGACUUUGACGCAAGCACACCCUGUACCGUCGCGCGGCGCGCCAGCAUAGCCCAAGGACGCGCAUUACUCGCUGUGUGGGACCGCAGCUUCAAAACGCAGUACAAAAGCGCUUCGCUCGCUGACGGUGGCGAUCACCGGCGAGCUGCAAUCGAAGCGCUGACGUGCUUCUCGUCCACGCUGCGCACCUCGCCGCACGCCAACGCGCACUACGCACCCUUGUGGGGCCUAAUAUCCCUGAUCCUAGCCGUGCCUUUGCACGAAGCCGCAUACCUGUUCCUGUUCAGCCACGCACGGACGGUCAUGAGUGCUGCGGUGCGCGCGAGUGUCAUGGGCCCGUAUCAGGCGCAGAGCCUGCUUGCAAGUAUGGAGCUGCAGGACAGGAUCCGCGGGCUGGUGGAUGAGGGGUGGGGAAGGAGAACUGAGGACGCGGGGCAGAGUGUGCCUGUUAUGGAUCUCUGGGUGGGGAGGCAUGAGAAGCUUUAUAGUAGGAUUUUCAACUCUUGA